AUGAAAGCCACCCCAGGUCCGGGGCUUGAAGAAGAGUACAUCAUACCGAUUGCUCGAGAGUUGGCCGUGGCACUCAAAUACGUACACGAUGCCGGGGUCAUCCACAGAGAUGUCAAGUGCGGCAACGUUUUGAUUUCCGAAGAGGGUCAGGUGCAGCUUUGUGAUUUUGGUGUGGCAGCUAUGAUCGAGACGGAGGCGUCAAAACGUUCGACCAUUAUUGGCACCCCGUUCUGGAUGCCCCCUGAGAUGCACUCCAUGGAUGUGGCAGUUCAGCAAGGUUACGGUACUGAGGUCGAUUGUUGGGCGUUCGGUUGCACUGUAUACGAGAUGGCUACGGGAAUGCCACCGAACCACAAGUUUCAUCCCUCGAUGUUAAGAACGGUGCUGAAAGCCGCACCCCGGCUUCGAGAGGGUAACUACUCACAGGGUCUACGAGACUUCAUUGCCUUUUGUCUUGAAGAAAAGCCUCAAGACCGUCCCUCUAUGAAGGCUAUUCUCGAGCAUCCAUUCAUCCAAGGCACUUCAGCACAGUAUCCUACUUACACUGUGAGGGAGAUGAUCGAUCGUUAUUUCCAGUGGGAGAGAAGAGGUGGUCAGAGAGCUUCACUGUUCAAUCCAAUGGGAGCUGCCGCACCUCAGCCGUCGGAACAACGCGACGAUUAUGAUGACUGGAACUUCUCAACCUCUGCCGACUUCGAGAACGACUUUGUUAAGCGCUACAGUCAACUUGGAAUUGCAGAGACCGACUUUGCAGCCACAGCUAACGGCGCCGAAGACACAAUGCCUGCUCUCAACAACGUCACCAAGCCUCAUCCCAGAAACCCUUUCCACGAGGCGCAGGAAGAGGCCAGAGCUAAGCGAGGAGAGCGCUCAAUGGGACGCCUCUUCGACACAAACGCAGACCCUUACGAUUACAAUACACUAAUGGAGGACGAAGAACAACCCAUCUCAGAUCUUCCACUCCGCAACCUGUCCAGCGAUCGCGCGGUCAAUAGGGAGACUCUGAUUGACUUGGACAUGGGCGCUGCGGGACUGGAUGCACAGCCAACCUUCAACUUCGACUUCAGUGAUGUGCCAACACUCAAAGCAGCAAGACCCAAUCGCUUGUCAUCAACAAUGCCCGACGAUGACGAAGACCAGAACGACUUCUAUGAUGGACCAGACCAAGACACGCGCCGAGCCACCAAAGACUGGCAGUUCCCUCUCAGUACGAUGCCUGCCGACAACCCAAGCCGACGCACACAAGACUGGACUUUCGCCAUGGCACAGCCCCCAGCCGCAGACCGCAAGACUCAAGACUGGUCCUUUGCAACUGCUCAGCCAGCAACCGAUCGCAAAACAGCAGAUUGGUCAUUCGCUACAGCCCAGCCAGCCACUGAUCGAAGAACACAGGACUGGUCAUUCGCAGAGAUGGCAGAGCCUCUAACUGCAGAGCCAGACCGUCGUACUGCAGACUGGACUUUUGCGACGGCCGAGCCAGUGUCCAACGAACCAGACGCCGAACCAGACUUCUCCUUUCCACCCAUGAAAGAUGAGACAGACAUUGCGCCUGGCUUCAGACCUCAUCUGACUCGCACAGCUACUGAGCCAAUUGGCCAGUUCAAUGACUUCCUACACCCUCCAGUGGGAUCGACUUCUCAGGAUGAUUUCGACCUACCGAGUGUUCGCGAGUCCAGACCCAUCAUUGACCUCGACUUGGGUAUGACCUUCGAACCUAAGUUCGAUCUGGAAACUGCCAUGGCCAACGAUUCACAACAGCCCAGCAUCACACCAUCAUCGCCUGUCAUAAGUGCAGCAGGCUCGACCGAAACAUCACGUAACCCUUUCUUCUUGGACGAAGUUGAGCAGCCCAGUGGUGAUGAAGUCAAGCGCUCCUCGCAUCGUCAAUCGCGUUCCGAGCCACAGCUUCUAGCAUCCAACAACCGCCACUCGGGCAUUCUCCACUCCAGAGGACCAAGCAACGUGUCUCUGCUUCGACACUCGAGAGACAGAGGAUACUCUUACUCCUCUACUGCAUCAUCGGAUGUUCAGACCGGAAGCUGGCCACGAGACUAUAAUCGCAGGAUGGAGGCACACACAAGACAGCAGCUUCUCGAUGGGUUGCACACAUCUGCGAUUGCGUCACGUAACAGCUGGGCUCGUUUCGCUGCAGCCGACUCAUUCGACGACACUGACAUUGAGACGACCAUCCCCCCUCCCGGUCUGCGUGUGCCAGGACUCGACGAUGCCGACUUCCCACUCGCAGGACUGAAGCCUUCAUCACGUAUCGACGCUUUCAAUGUGGAUACAGACAGGGAUGAGAGCACAUACGGCGAUCUUACCAUGCCUCGCAGCCGAGCACGCGCAGACACAGGAGGCACGACAAGCACAGGUACUGGCUAUGAUUCAUCGAGAGACGAAUCAUACAUGUCACAUGUACGCACCAGUCGUUUGUUGAACGAGUUCCCUCGCCUGGCAGCGCCCGAUCCAGAAGCAAUGGUUGAGGGUGCUGACCCAGAGCUCGUCUUCCAAGAGCUGGACAGAAUGUUUGCAGAUCUAGAGGGAGGACUUGGUCUGGCUGCAGAGAUGUUUCAGAGACGCGACAGAGAUCUCUCCCGCGGAAGGGAUGAGGGAGAUGAACACGAAAGACAGACAAGAGGAUUUGGCAGCGAGGGAGAAGGAAUGAUGUAA